UCUUAAGGAAAAAUAAUUGCAAUCAAGAUAAAUAAAGAAAAUAAUAACCAGAGCAAUAACUAGAAAAGGGAAAAAAAGAAGAGAGAAAAUAUCCAUCGCAGAGCAGCGAGAAAGUGAAACGACUGAGAGAGAAAGAGAAUAGAAAAUGGAAGUUUGGUGUUGAUGAGAAGGAAAGAAGAAGGAACAAGCAAAUCAAAGCAGCUCCGUAACAACUAAAAAAGAAGAGGUUUUUUUUGGUUUUUGUUUUAAUUUCUCGGAGGAGAGAGAAGAAUGCUGGAAACAACGAAGCUGAUCGAUCCGCGAUCUGGCAGUGAAUAACUUGGAGCAUUAAAUGCGUUUAGAUCUAGAAAAGAAAGCGUUCCUGGGGGUGUAAUUUGUCAUUUAAUCUUGGAAUUUGAGAUCUUCGUUGAAGAAUUUUUUACUUGAACAUAUAUAUAUAUUUUGGUUUCUGGUAAGUGAAGUUGCUCUGCUGCUGUUGCUGUUGCUACUUGCUGAGUUGGCCACUCCUCUUUGCUGCUUUCAAACGGUUUGUCUUUGAAGAUUUGGGGUUAAAUUGCAUGCGUGGGAAUUGGUUGGCUUUGCUUCGGGUUGCUAGAAGUGGUCUUAAUUUAAUUCAGUUAAACUAGAAUUGAAGCUUCAUUUUUCGGAAGAAAAGGUGUUUUGGUUAAUUUAUUAGUUUGGUUUUGUCGUUGGAUACCGGUUUAUGGGAAAUUUGGUUGGAAAAACGGUUAUCUUGGUUUUAGUGCCGAGGAGAGGUUGAAGUGAUUAGUUUGGAAGUUUAAUCAUAGUGGAGGAGAUGCCGCCUUCUCCGGCUUUGAGAUAUUCUCCUGGGAGAGAGCCAAGAGCAGAAAAUCAUAAGCGAGGGCGUAGCCUUGAAGGUGGAUUGCUCUUCAAAGAGAAAGAUGAGGAUCUUGCUCUGUUCAAUGAAAUGCAGUCUAGAGAAAGAGAGAAUUUCUUGCUUCAGUCAGCUGAUGACUUUGAAGACUCAUUCUGUAAUUGUCCAUCCACAAAGUUGAGAUACUUUUCGGACUUAAAACUUGGAGUUUCCAUCCCUGUUCGAGGAGAGAAUAGUGAACUUCUUAAUGUAGAUGGGGAGAAGAAUGACUAUGACUGGUUAUUAACUCCUCCUGAGACCCCGCUUUUUCCUUCUUUGGAUGAUGAACCCCCACCAGUUAAUGUUGCAUCCAGGGGCAGACCUCGUAGUCAACCCAUUUCCAUAUCGAGAUCUUCAACGAUGGAGAAGAGUCACAGGAGCAGUAGGGGCAGUGCAAGUCCAAAUCGCUUAAGCCCUUCCCCACGUUCUGGUAAUAGUACAUUUCAGUCGAGAGGAAGGCCAUCGUCGGCAUCUUAUUCUAGUCCAACUCCUAGUCAAAGGGCUUCCACUCCGUCACGUAGACCAUCUCCUCCUCCGAGUAAAGCCUCAACAGCUGCUCCACGGUCUUCUACUCCAACUCCAAGGAGGAUGAGCACAGGAUCGGGGGCAAGGGGAACUUCCCCCAUAAGGACAGGUAGAGGGAACUCUGCCUCACCAAAAAUAAGGGCAUGGCAGUCAAAUAUUCCUGGUUUCUCCUCUGAAGCACCACCAAAUCUUCGCACUUCUCUGGCAGAUCGGCCAGCAUCAUAUGUAAGGGGUUCCUCUCCAGCAUCCAGAAAUAGUAGGGACUCGAGCUCAAAAUUUGGCAGGCAAUCAAUGUCUCCAGCCUCUAGAAGUGUCAGUUCAUCACAGAGUCAUGAUAGAGACCGAAUUAGCUCACACAGCAAAGGUUCCGUGGCAUCAUCUGGUGAUGAUGAUGUGGACUCUCUACAAUCCACUUAUGUGGGUAGCUUAGACCACUUAGCUUCGAAGAGAACUGGUGGCUUUCCUAAUAAUAGAGCUCCUGCGUUUUCAAAGAACUCAACUAGAGUAUUUUCCCCAAGUUCUGCUCCAAAAAAAUCCUUUGACAGUGCUCUUCGUCAAAUGGAUCAUCGGAAAAGUCCUCAGAACAUGUUCAGACCACUUCUAUCCAGUGUCCCCAGCACCACCUUCUAUGGUGGAAAAGCAAGUUCUGCACAUCGCCCUUUGAUGUCGAGGAACUCUUCUGUAACAACCAGCAGUAAUGCGAGUUCUGAUCAAGGUACCAGCAUUGCUCCUGAUACCGAGGGAGGUGACCACCACCAGGAAGAUAUGGCAACUGAAAGUGGUAAGGUACUGUAUCCUGAUGCUCAGGAAGGGGUUUUUGCCUUUGAUAAGGCGGAUGCAUUAAAUAAAGAUGCCGGGCAUGAUACAGACAAUGGCCUUCACUUUCAGCUGCAUGACUUGGAAAGAGACCCCUCAAUUGAAUACGAACCUGGUGGUUAUGAGGAGGGCAGGCACCAUCAUGUGGAAAUCAGCUCUGCUUCUGACACUUUAUGUUUCAAGGCUGAUUUGUCAGAAGUUGACAGUCUAGAAAAAACAAGAGUUUGUUCUAAAUGUGGUUGCAGGUAUAGCUUUAUUGAGACUCUGGAAAAGGAUGUCAAUCUUUGUCCUGAUUGCGACAAUCUUGUAGGCGCUGCCACUCCAGACACAGAAAUAGUAGCCAUUGACAGCAUCCCAGUGCUGUCUCUUAAUAUUUCUGAGGAACACCAGCCAUCCGAUGAGCUAAAUAUCCUGAUGGCUGUACCUGAAUUACAGCCACAAGUUAAUGAUAUGGAAUCACAAUUUGUUGAAAUGGUUGAUGCAAGGGUUUCCCUGCCUGAAGACAGAGUUAAGCAAGACGAGACUUCAUACCAUGACCAAAACCGUAUUUAUUCCCGAGAAAGUUCUCUCACGAGGUCUUUGAUGGAAGGAAGUGAACAUAAUACUAUUAAGCAAGGCGAGACUUCAUACCAUGAGCAAAACCAUAUUUAUUGCCGAGAAAGUUCACUCACGAGGUCUUUGUUGGAAGGAAGUGAACAUAGCACUGCUGGCCAUCAUGAAACAGGACAGCCACUUCCUGGUUAUAGCCUUCCUAGCGGAGAUGCUGGAGAUCAGCAAUUGCCUCGUUCAAAUAACUAUCCAAGUUUGAAGGCUGGUGUUUCAGAAGGUGCUGGGAUUUCUGUAUUGCUCAAAAGGUCUAGCAGUAGCAAAGGGCCUGUUGUUCAAGGCAGGACUUUAAUUGCCUCAACCAUUACUUAUGAUGAUUUGUCGUGUGCAAGAGACAGUGCAAACAGUUUUAGAAGUUCCAUUGGGCAUGGUAGUACAUCAGCAUCAUCCUCCGUUGAUUUCAGCACCAGCAGACAAGUUGAAACACGUGUUCAACGGCAGUUAAGUGGCAGGAAAUCAGACAUGGAGAACUACAGAUAUGACCUAAGCUCAAGACCUCAAAGCACUGCAUCAUCUUUUUCUGGAACUUUAAAUGAUGGUCACCAAACUCUAGGUCUUGCAACAAACACGCAUGAAGAAAAUGUCGAGGUUUCUGUUGGCAAUAUAAAAUAUGAUGGUUUGGUGGAAACACCUUUAGCUUUUCAAAGGAUAUUGCUGGCUUCAGAAAAUAAAGAAAUGGAUGCUUCUUGUAUGUUUUCUACUGAUGCAGCAGUUCCUGAAGAAGAUUUGUUUGAGCAAAAGGACAGUAAUAGAAAAACUGAUGUAUCUUCCUCAGAUUUGCCAAGUCAUACAGUUGGGAUUCAGUUGGAGGAGAAUUCAGCACCAUCAAAUCAUGGCAACUUUUCGUUAUAUGAAAAUGGAGAAGAUUUGCCGAACAAUGCAGGGGAUGUCUCAGAUGUAGAAGCAUCAGCUCUUCCUCCAGAUUGUUCUGUUGUUACAGAACAAAACAUGCUAAACACCAGUCUUGACAGAUUGAAUGUUGCUGAGAUUCCUUCCCAUAGUCGUUUGGCUUCAAUAUCAGAAAUAGAAGUUGAGAACAAUUGUCAUGGUACUGGCUCAGAGAAUGAUGAUAUAUCGACAAAUUCAAGGAGCACCUUAAGUGAAGUUCAGGACCAUCCAGUCCCAACACCUUCAGAUAACGAAACACCUGCUUCUGUUUUGGAACACAACAUGCCAGAUCAUGCAGAUAGCAUAAUAGAGGAGUCAACUGUUAUGGUAGACUGUCAGGUAGGGAGCAAGGCAAGAAGCCUAACCCUUGAAGAAGCAACAGAUACAAUACUUUUCUGUAGCUCCAUUGUUCAUGAUCUGGCCUACCAGGCUGCAACUACAGCCAUUGAAAAGGAAAGUUCAGUCCCAUUAGAAGGUUCUUGGCCAACUGUUACAAUUCUUGGAAAAUCCACAGCUGACAGAAAGGAUCCACGUGGGAGACCUGCUGGAAAACGCACUUCAAAAUCCCUAAAAGUUAGGCAAAAGCGGGCAGGAGUAGAUCCAAAACAUUCUGCCAACAAGACCGAGAAUGAUGAGAAUGCCACAGAAUCUAUGGUGCGUAAUGUUGGGCUCCCGAACGAGAUGGACAUUAUGAAGCCUCCUAAGUUGGAAUCCAAGUGCAAUUGCACGAUAAUGUGAAACCCUCCGAAGAUGGACAAUAUGAAGCCUCCGAAGUUGGAAUCCAAGUGCAAUUGCACAGUAAUGUGGAAGUCUUUCAUUCACUCUGUGUGACUGCUUUCUCCAGCCACAUGGAGAGAUGCCAAGUGCUUGUAUGCUAAUAGUAUUGUGUUUGAAGGGCUGUAUGGACUGUUGCAAAUUCAUUUUAUGUUGAUUCCAAUUUAUUUGUAAGAAGCACCACCAUGUGGUGGUGACGUAAAUGUAAAGUUUUUAUUGUCAUUAGGCGCAAGGCAUUGGAGAUUUGUGUUUGCUCUGCUCCAGGUGCCAUAUUCUUGUUAGUUAUCCCGUCCGAUUCAAGUGCUCCGGUAGAAAAGGUGUGAAUUA